CGAGGGAGAAGUGGGAUCGGGACCCCGCCGGAGCGGCGUCCGGGAGCUGCCGCCCGGCCCUCCGGAGAAGCCUAGAAGCGACGGUUUUUAUGGAGCUGGAAGUCCAGACGGAGGAGUAAAACUUUGCAGUUUCUCUCCGCGAUUCCCACAUGCAAGUUGAUAACGUGAGAGCAGCUGCUUUUCUUGCUGCUGCUGCUACCUCGAGUGCUGAGGGGCCAGCGCUCUCCUCCCCCACCUGCUGCUGUUUCCUUUACCCGGCCCUAGAGCUGCUCAGUAGGUUUGCCUUGCCAUGUGGGGCUAGGAGAGGUGCAGCGAUUUUCCACAGCGUGAAGCGGUAAACAUGGAGGCGGCGUGCAAACCCGACGGCGGGGAGCAGAGUCAUCAAGGCAGCGGCGUGGACGCCCCUGGGGACGCUUCCAUGGACUGCUACUUGCGAUCUCAGGGCUUGUACAGAAAGAGAGUUGCCAAGGAUGGAUCUUGUCUUUUCAGGGCUGUGGCCGAGCAGGUGUUACACUCUCAGUCUCGGCAUUUUGAUGUUAGGAUGGCUUGUGUAGACUAUCUUCGGAAAAAUAGGGAGAAAUUUGAAGCAUUCAUAGAGGGGCCAUUUGAAGAGUAUUUAAAAUGUUUGGAAAAUCCACAGGAAUGGGUUGGACAAGUAGAAAUAAGUGCCCUUUCUCUUAUGUACAAGAAAGAUUUCAUAAUAUACCAGGAACCAAAUGCUUCUCCUUCACAUGUAACUGAAAAUGGCUUUUCUGAUAAGGUAUUACUGUGCUUCUCAAAUGGAAACCACUAUGAUAUUGUUUAUCCAAUAGAAUAUUGGGAAAAGGCUGCUCUGUGCCAGUCUCUGCUGUAUGAGUUGCUGUAUGAGAAAGUAUUUGAUACAGAUGUGAAGAAAAUCAUAGCAGAACUUAGUGCUGUUGGUGUGACAGAGGAAAGUAAUGGUAGCAGUGAAGUGUCUGCUUCAGAUUCAGAAGAUGACAACUACAGAAGUAAAGCUACAACAGUUAGUGAUAUGAAUGGAUUGAAGUCUCUUUCUGGCAACAAGCACCUUAAAAGCAAUGGGAAUCCUACCUUGUUGGUCUUACCUAAAAAAGUUCUUAAAUCACUCAAUCCAUCAGUUUACAGAAAUGUUGAAUAUGAUGUUUGGCUCCAAUCCAAAUGGGAUCAGCAAAACCAAGAUUUUUCUAUUGCUGCUGGCAUGCAAUACUCAAUUGGAGAUAAAUGUAAAGUGCGCUUAGACCAUAAUGGGAAAUUUUACAAUGCUCAUAUUCAAGAAGUUUGUUCAGAGAAUGGGCCAGUUGUUGUAUUUGUAGAAGAGCUUGGAGCAAAGCAUGCUGUCUCACUGAAGAGCCUUAAACCUCUUCCACAGGCCUCUCCUAUGGAGGGCUGGAACACUGUGCCAGGGAAGAAGAUAAAAAAGUUUUUCCCAACAUGGGGGCAGAAUGCUCAGCCCGAUGCAGAUUGCAGAGGGCCAAAGAAUCAGAGCAAGUCAAUAAAACCCCAGUCAGCACUACCUCCUCGACUUCAGCAUACUGUGGGAACCAGGCAGCAUCAGUUCUUAUGUUCUGGGCCCCAACCUCAUCAGACCUCAACUGAGCAAAAAGCUCCAGGCAGGAAUCCUUCCCAAACUGUAAGAAAACCAGACCGGGACAGAACCGAGGAUCUGAAUCAUGGCAGCAGAGAUUGUAACUACUUUGGCCUGUCUCCAGAGGAACGCAGGGAGAAACAGGCUAUAGAAGAAUCUCGUUCGCUUUAUGAGAUCCAGCAGAGGGAUGAACAAGCUUUUCCAGCUCUUCCCAAUAAUCAGUCAGUCUGUCAGGCUGCUACACAGACUGUGGAUAAUUUAAAUCAGAAAAAGUUCUCAAAUAAUGAGAGAAGAAACAGCAAGUGGACAGCAGAGGUGGAAGAGCAGAAGGAUAAAGAGUCAAAUUCCAGGCAGAUCCACUUAAGUCAGAAGCUUGAGCCAAAUUCAUCUGAGAAGAAUAGUCAAGAGGAGAGUUAUCCAAAAGCUUCAUCUCCUUUGGAACAACUAAAAACAGAUUCUCCGGUUCUUGCUGAGCAAGUAAGAAAUGUUUGUUUGAUUUCAAAGUUUUCCAGUCAGGAGACUUCAGACAAAGGGGAGCUUCGUCACAGCCACAACCUGACAGAAUGCUUACCAAGCAUAACUCCAACACCCUCACCAGUCUUUUCUGAGGUGCAUUUACCUCCAGCAGUGCCUUCUGUACCAGCCAUUGUGCCAGCUUGGCCAAGUGAGCCAACAACCUAUGGACCAGCAGGUAUUCCAGCCCAAAUACCUGCUUCUUCAUUGAUGCCAGCCCCAGCAACGGGACCUGACUCUAUUGUAUCACAGGCUCAGACUCUGAAUCCUUAUCAGGAUCCGCUAUACCCUGGAUUCCCUUUUAGUGAAAAGGGAGAAAGAGCCGUUGCACCCUCUUACUCCCUGUGCAAUACUGGGGAAGACUUACCUAAAGAUAAGAAUAUUCUUAGAUUUUUCUUCAAUCUUGGUGUGAAGGCAUACAGUUGUCCCAUGUGGGCACCCCAUUCUUACUUGUACCCCCUGCACCAGGCCUAUUUAGCUGCUUGUAGAAUGUACCCAAACGUGUCCCUUCCUGUGUAUCCGCACAACCCCUGGUUCCAGGAGGCUCCGCCGACUCAGAAUGAAAACGAAACUGCACGAACAAACAGGCACUUUCCUGUUCAGAGCGAGGCCAGAGCCAACGGUCAAAUUCCGCAGGUUGAUGGUAGAUCUCCAUCGCUGCCUCUGAUUAUACCUACAGCUCAGGUGUCAGAAAGUCAAGGACAGGUCUGUGUAGAAUCGGAGAAUCCAGUGCAAGCUCUUCAUGCAAACUAUGAGGAGUCCCUGAGAGGGAAAAAUAUGUUCCCACAGCCGCCCUUUGGACACAAUCACUUUCUAGGAGCUCUUCCAAUAGCCCCUCCUUUCUUUCCUCACUUUUGGUAUGGGUACCCAGUUCAGGGUUUCAUGGAAAAUUCAGUACCGAGGCCUAACGUUGUCAUGUCGCCUGAGGACAAAGAGGCAACAGCUAGCACCUCUGCGAACGUGUAUGUGGCUAAGGAAUGCAGCCCCCCAGUUCCUGCAGUAAACUCUGCGGAACAGCUUCAGAAGACUAACGGCAGCAGCGCCUUGAACACCGUACCAUUCCCUGUGGCUGGUGCGAGCAGUGAAUGCAGUGCCCCGAAAGAAACUUCAGCUAGGCCACCUCAGUUGGAGCAAACUUGCCCUUCGGCUUCUCCCGCUAAGCAAAAACCAGCCGGGCAGCAAAGUCGUUCUCCGCAAACACAGGGGACUGAGAGGCAGACGGCAGUGCCCAACACUCCGCCACUGUUGGCAGAACCACCGAAAAAUGAACUGAAAAACAGCAUUCCCAGUCGUAAGGAGAAGACUGAUAAAGGUAGAGAUUCCAAGGGUGCUGGUAAUCUGCAGACAGAAAGCAGGGCACAGAGAACGAGGGAAGAGAGCUCCGAAGACGAGAGUGAGGUUUCCGACAUGCUGAGAAGCGGUAGAUCCAAGCAAUUCUACAGCCAGACUUACGGAGGAGGCAGAAGGCCCAGGCUUGAGUGGGGUUACUCCAGCAGGGGAGGAUACCAGUUCCAAAGAAACGAGGAAGCCUGGAAAGGACCACCCAGCAGAAGCAGAGAUGACGGCUACCAGUAUCAGCGAAACUUUAGAGGGAGGCCAUAUAGGAACGACAGGAGACGGGCAGCACUGGGAGAUAAUCAGAGGGGGCAUCAAGCAUAGAAUGAAUGGAUAAUUGAAAAUUUUAAAAUGCAAAAAGUAAUUUGAAGUAGCAGUUUAAAAUCUUAACCUUUCUUUUUAGUAAAGUUCAAGGCUAUGUUUAACUUUCGGCGAGUAAAGACUAAGAGGAUGUGAACUCCUACCAUAAGGUUUUUUUGGGGAUUAUAGUUUGUUUGGCUUAGCAUUUUUUCCUCAAAUGUCAAAUUAGAAAAAAAACAGUAUAGGUUUAGCGUUUGAUAAUCCCCCCACCCCCCCCCCCAGGUUUGAGUUUGUGAUAGAAGAUGGAUAUGUACGUUUACUAGAGUGACAAAUUAUAGCAUUUGACGUGAUCUAGAUUCUAAAAUUGACAGUAACAUUGCACCAAAUAUAAAUGUAUAUUUUAUCAUACAAUGCCUUAGUUCUGAUCUGAGCUAAAGGAAUUCUCAGCCUACUGCACUGUUGUCUUUGAUAUGCUUCCAACCCAAAGGCCUUUCAUCUCAAAAAAAAAAAAAAAAAAAAAGAAAAAAAAAGUCUGUCAAACUUGAAUGUUUCUCUUCAGUGUGUUACACGUACGGCAGCCAGCUAACCCUGUGUCUUAGGUAUGUUGUAUAUAGUUCUUUUCAUAUUCAUAGGGUAUAUUUUUGAAUUUUAAAAAGCAUUUAUUUGUUGAAAUCAAAAUCAAGACAAGCAGUCAAGAAUAGCUGUGUAUGAAUUGAUAAGAAUGGCUGUUUCCACCAAGAAUUCUUAAUGCUGGUGUGACUAGAAUGGUGCCUAUGCCAACCGAAUAAUUACAAAGACAAUAAAAAUGUAGAUGCUAUGCAUUUCCAAAAUAAUUCUGCAUCUGUUAUAAUAGCAGAAGUUUUUUUAAUGCCACUUUAACACUAAUGCACUGACAAAUCCUAGGUAUUUUGUGAGGAGAGAUGCAUAAAGUACACGUUACCGUUUUUUAAGUUUGUAUGAUUGAGCUACUGUUCAGUAUUCUUUUGUUGUUGCACUGUUGAUGCAAAUUUACGUUUUGCAUGUACAACUCCUUGCUGGAACUACUUUUAAAAGCAAGAUGGAGAGUCUCGGUGUGCUCUGCUCUUCCCUACAAUUCAGAAGAAAGUGGCUUCUGCCUUAUAUUUUUACACUGUGUCAGAGUUGCGAUGCCGUUUCGUCUUGACUCUGAUAACGAUCUCUGCAGUGUUCCUGUUGCCUUUGCAGUUUGGACGUUCAGCUGUCCAAACUCGGAGAGUGCAGUGUGCACAGUAUUCACUCAGCUCUGUUGCUCUGUAAAAUUAACUGUUGUGUAUAUUUUUAUAUCUGUAUAUACCAGCGUAGGUGAUGGUACCCUUUCAUUCACGUCCAAGAUUGUACGCCCUUGAUCAGGAAACUUGAGUGAUAGUUAUGUGAUAAAGGAUUUCUUUUCAGAUGCAUGCCAUGUAUAAAACCUUACUUAAAAUAAACGUUUGUCUUUUCACUUUC